AUGUCUCAACAACUUUCUCUGCGCAAAACCCAUGUCGCCCUGGACCAGAACAAUAGCAGACUUGUACCUGGAAAAAAAAUUUUCUCUCUAGUUGGUAAACAAACGAGCAGGACAGUCCAGAUCAGAACGGUUCGCCUUGUCGCAAUUACGUUUUCAUUCGCUUGUGGUAUCCUCUUGGAUGUCCUCGGAUGUGCAUUACCUGAAUAUGAUUGUUGGUGGCCUAUGUUUAUCGUUAUCUUUUAUGUCUUGGCACCGAUACCCAUCAUGAUUGCUAAUCGACUUCAAGGGGAUUUUGGCACGGAGAGCGGUGUUGGUAAGGAUAUAGCAAUAUACUGCACCGCGGUAUUUGUCACUUCAGGUUUUGCAUUUCCUAUGCUUUUGGCUCACACUAAGAUUAUUCAACCUGGUGCUAUGGGAUUAAUACUUGGUGGCUCCGUAAUCGUCUACUUGACUAUAUUGGCAUAUAGCAAAAUAUUUAACAAAUCGGACGAUCUCUGGUAG